AACUUUCUCAUCCUUAUAUCUUCGCCCUUUCCUUUUACAUUUUCAUCAUUCUCGUGCUUGUGGUAUGCCCGUGCCACUCUCUCUGUAGGGUUUAACGCUUUGUCUCUUUACUCCUCGAAUCCUGUACAGAACUAUUACCAUGACGAAAUGCUACCCCACAGUGAGUGAGGAGUACGUUAAGGCUGUUGAUAAAGCCAAAAGGAAGCUCAGAGGACUCAUUGCCGAGAAGAAUUGUGCUCCUCUUAUGCUCCGUUUAGCUUGGCACUCUGCUGGUACCUAUGAUGUAUGCUCCAAAACUGGAGGUCCAUUUGGUACCAUGAGGUUCAAGGCUGAGCUAAGCCAUGGCGCCAAUAACGGUGUUGACAUUGCCAUCAGGCUAUUGGAACCCAUCAAGGAGCAGUUCCCUACUCUCUCUUAUGCUGAUUUCUAUCAGUUGGCUGGAGUGGUUGCUGUUGAAGUUACUGGAGGACCUGAUGUGCCCUUCCACCCUGGUAGAGAGGACAAGACAGAGCCACCUCUUGAAGGUCGCCUGCCUGAUGCCACCAAGGGUUCUGACCAUCUGAGGGAUGUGUUUGUUAAGCAAAUGGGUCUUUCUGACAAGGACAUUGUCGCACUCUCUGGUGGCCAUACCCUGGGGAGGUGCCACAAGGAACGUUCAGGUUUUGAGGGACCAUGGACUGCUAAUCCACUUAUUUUCGACAACUCCUACUUCAAGGAACUUUUGAGCGGGGAAAAGGAGGGGCUUUUACAGUUGCCAUCAGACAAGGCUCUCCUCAGUGAUCCUGUCUUCCGCCCAUUGGUUGAGAAAUAUGCAGCGGAUGAAGAUGCUUUCUUUGCCGACUAUGCCGAGGCUCACAUGAAACUCUCUGAAUUGGGAUUUGCCGAGGCUUAAGCCGGAGAGCUGGGAGUGGUGCCAUGUUUUCUAUUAAAGUUUCACUUCUAGUGGGCAGCUCAUUCGAACUGUUAGAUUGUCUUCUUUUGCUGCCUAUCUUAAGGUUUCAAUUUGUCAACGCAUUUGAUGUAUGAUGUGACUUCUUCAGAAAAUAAUCUAAAGAUGGUUUUGUAGCUUUUGCCAUGUCCGAUGUUUUACGAGGAUAUUUCCAACAUAUCCCUUGUUGUUGAUUGUAUCAUUUGAAUGUGAUGGUAUUGUGCAAAAUCUUGCUAUG